CCGGAAGUACAAAUUGUGUAUAAGUAUUCCCUUUUUUUAUAUAUUCGUAUCAAUUGAAUUAGGGCGUUGCGUUGUUCACCUCUUCGUUUAGUGCAAAGGACAUUUUCACCACCUGAAGAGUAAACAUGUCGACUGAAAAGUCUUUCGCCAAAGGAAGUGCUGCACCCGGUCCAGUGCCCAAAGGCCGCAUCAGACUUUACAGCAUGAGAUUCUGCCCUUUCGCCCAGAGAGCCAGAUUAGUGCUGAAUGCCAAAGGGAUCAAGUAUGACACCAUCAAUAUCAACCUGUCAGACAAGCCUGAUUGGUACCUUCAGAGGAAUCCCCUUGGUCUUGUCCCAACGCUGGAGACACCUGCUGGUGAGGUGAUAUAUGAGUCUCCCAUCACCUGUGAAUACCUGGAUGAAGUUUACCCUGAGAAGAAGCUGCUUCCUUCCUCUCCUUUUGCUAAAGCUCAACAAAAGAUGAUGCUGGAGAAUUACUCCAAGGUAGUACCAUACUUCUACAAGAUCCCAUCAGCGAGAAACAAUGGCGAGGAUGUCUCAGGACUGGAAGCUGAACUGAAAGAGAAGUUUGCCAAAUUAAAUGAGGAUCUGGUUAAUAAGAAGACCAAGUUCUUCGGUGGUGAUUCCAUCACAAUGAUCGACUACAUGAUGUGGCCGUGGUUUGAGAGGCUGGACGUCUUUGAACUGAAACACUGCCUUGAUGGCACACCUGAGCUGAAGAAGUGGACAGAGCGCAUGUUGGAGGACCCGGCUGUCAAAGCCACUAUGCACAGUGUGGACACCUACAAGGCCUUCUACAAGAGUUACGUUGCGGGCAAACCCAACUAUGACUACGGCCUGUAGAAAAUAAGAGAUCAAAACUCUUAAACUGUCAAACUUGUUUGGUUUUGGUCUUGGUUAGUCUGUUUCUAACUUUAAUGUAGCAGGAAACAAUUCUGUUGCAAAUACCAUUUACAGGUUAAGGUAAAGAGGGUAUAUGUGUUUUAAUGGUGGUUAAUAACCUAUGUUGUGAUUUUUCUAUACUUAUUUUGGGGGAAAUAUGAAAUCAUGAUAAUGGAUAAAUGACGUAAAUAUGACUCGAGGUGUUUUCUGUGAUCCAUUUCAAAGUGCUGCACUUUUUCUAAUAAAAAUGAUCGCUCUAA